AUGGCGGACAACUUUACUGCAAGGUUGCAGAGGAUCUUCCACUUGGCCUGGCCUUCCAUCCUCUCGGAGCUCUCCACACCUCUCUUGGGCCUCGUGGACACCGUGGUCGUCGGCCACUUCGCAGAUGCCGAGGAUCUGGCGGCGCUGGCGCUGGCGAUCGCUGCCUACAACCCGCUGAUCGUCGUCUUCAACUUCCUGCGGAUGGGCUUUGGCGGAGUGAUUGCGCAGGCUGCAGGGGCCCGCGACGUGGAGGAACUGGUCGCCUGCAGUGUGCGUGGCAUUCUGUUGGGUUUGGCGGUCGGCUUGACCUUGAGCAUGGCACGCGAGGUGUUGGCAUCGCUGCUUUUCGGGAUGGUCCUGCACCAGCCUGAUCCCGAGACGACCAUGGUGGCCCAAAGCUACUUCCAGUGUCGCAUUCUGGGAGCCCCUGCGGCCUUGUCCAACUACGUGGUGCAAGCGUGGCUGAUCAAUGUGCAACGCACUGACAUCGCCAUGGCGCAAAACGUCCUACUGAAUCUCUGCAACGCGGUCCUUUGCGUCGUGUUGGGUUACGUCCUGGAUGGCGGCAUCGUUGGAGUGGCCUGGGCCACUGUGCUGUCCAACUACUUGGCGUUUGCCUUCGGCGUCAUGCAGAUCUCCCGUGUGGCACACACCCUCCCUUGGGUGAAAGCGCCCUUGGCCAUCAAUUGGCAUUUAGUUUUUCAGCCACAACGGCUUUUGCGGCUGGCCUCCCUGAAUGGAAAUGUGGUCCUUCGCUCCAUUUGCAUGAUGACCAUUGUCACGGACUUUACGUCUUUGAGCGCCAAGCUGGGGAGCUCGGCGCUGGCAGCGAACAACCUGCUAAUGCAGCUACAGAUGUUGAUCUCUUUCGGCGCGGAUGGCUUUGCCAACGCGGGGGAGGCGCUGGUGGGAGAGGCCAUCGGCCAAGGAGACCCUCGGAAGGUCCGCCGGACGGUGCAGGCACUUCUUACCUGGGGAUUCUUGCUUGGCUUGGGCUUCACGCUUCUGUUUAUGGUCUUCGGACAUCAGAUCUUGGGGGUGUUAACCUCACAUCAAGAGGUACUUCACUAUGCUUCGAUUUAUUUGCCCUGGCAGUGGGCCGCGCCAACCCUCUCUUUCACUGCUUACCUCAUGGAUGGUGUUUUUGUGGGGGCUGCACGCCCGAGCAGUAUGAGGGAUGCCACUUUUCUCGCCAUGCUGGUCUUUUGCGCAAUCGCCCACAUAAGCCCAGACAACAACCUCUUGUGGGCAGCUUACAUGCUGCAUCUUAUCACACGUGCAGCGGUCCUGGGAUACUGGUAUCCGGCAGUGGAGGACUCUGCUUCAGAAGUCAAUGAAUAUCGGGAAACACUCUUGGCAACUUGA